CAGUUUUGUGUACGUGCAGAGUAGAAUAUCGCGAGAUCAAGGCAACUAUAAAUGCAAUUUAAACGGUGGCAUUUACUAUUCGUUAUGUGGGAGAGCUCCCGUUGCGAUGUAAUGAAGAAUUUUAACAAUCAGCUCCAUGUUUUCACGAUUACAUCCGAUUCUGAUGACUGGGAUCUUUCAGAGCCACAGUGUGCUAUCGAGAUCCGGGAGGCUACGUGGUUGCUGCUUCUCACUGUACUAACGGCUGCUUUAGUGGUCUGCGUGAAGCGUUUUAAACGGAAGGCUUCUUUUCAGACUACAUUGGAGUCUAGGGGCAGGAAAAAAGCCAAAACACCAGAGGAUGGAAGUGCGACGUCCGACACUGAUAAAAUUGCCUUGAGGAAGGCAUAUGAAGAAACUCCAAUGACCAAAUCUUUUACAGACCUCACACCAAAAAGUGUGGAAGCUGACAGUGAGCAGAAUGAUGACAUUGGAUUUCAGCUUUUUGCGAUACUGGAAGAGAUUCAGAGCUUGGACCACAUGGUCAGAAAUUUGGAAGAUAAAAAGAAGUGCUGUCAAAAGAUGACCUCCAGGCUGCCAGAGAUGACUGUUGAAACUGGGAGGCUUGAGUGUCACAUAGUGGAGAGCAGUGAAAUAAAUGAGAAACUGUACACAGAGUUAGGUAGGGUUAAUGGGUUUAAAGCAUGUGAAUGUGAGCUGAAAGAUGUGGAGGAGCUAAUGCAAUUAAUAUUGGAGGAAAUGUGCCCAAAGAACGCUUUGCCAAAAAUAAAGGAUGAUCAAAAUGAAGAGGAGUGCAGUGAGCACUUCUUUCCUGAUGUUGUACUUCAAGUUUGCAUCAAGGACAGGACUUUGAAGGAAUGUCUUGAAAUAAUUUUCAAUGAAUUCGAAGCACUGAAACUAUAUGCAAAAAGACUUGAAAAGGAUAAGGAGGCAAUUCAAAUUGAGAAACAGCAUGCAUUGAAACUACUACACGACGCUAAUGAAGCCAAUCUUAGAAUGAGUGAGGAGCUUUGUGCUUUGAAGCAACAGAAAGUGGCAGCUGCAGUAGAUCUCAUCGCCCCAGAUGAAUUACAACAGGAUCUUGAAAAUGCAGUGGAGGCAAAACUGGAGGAGAAAGAGAUGAACCAAAAAUUAGAGGACAUGCUUGUGCGUAUAACAGAUACCAUUACAGUUAUGUAUCAGACAUUGAAAAGUAUAAAAUAGAGAACCUCCUGAAAGAAACCGCAGGAUGGGGAAAACAGCCCUGGACUGAUGAAUCCUAUGGGGGUCUGAUGUUUUUUCUCAGCUUUAUUUCAGAUGUCCACAUAGUUUUAAAAUGAUCGGCACUCUGAUCAUUAUACACAUAGAAGGCCUUAAGUGUUUUUAGUAUGACAUAAGGAAGCCAGUAGGUUGUUUGAUGUAGACUAAAAAGAAGAUUCAAUUAGCUGUUACUAAAAACACAGCGUAGCUACUCAGUGUGGCGAGGUCCAAAGUAUAUUAGCAAGUGAUGACUAUGGUGGUGUACUGACUGCAGUAACUAAAAUGUGUAGACAAGUUUUGCUUCAGAGAAAAGUCAGUAGGCGUAGGAUGAGAAACAACUGUUGUUGAUUGAAAACCUAUUGCAUGUGUUGUGUGUUCCAUCUCAUAUGCUGCCUUUAUUCUGGUGGAAAUCACUUCCUGCUGAUAAAUCAUAAAAUAAUUCUGAAACGACCAAUAAAGACUUCAUUUAAAUGAUAAGUCAUUAACUAACACAGGUUUGACGUUGGUUCAUUGUGUAACAUUUAGUUAACGACUACCAUAGAGUCCUUCUGGCCCCACUAGAUAUUUACGGCUAUUGUAAAAGCAUGAAAAAGACUUAAGGGUGCUGAAGGGACAACCAGUAUCAGGUUAUAAGAAGAAGCCUGUCUCAUGGUUUUUCUCACACCUUUUUUCCUAAUCUGUUGUGACUAGGGAGAGGAAAACAUGUUCCACAAAUUAUAAUGAAGGGCAAGGCAAAGUGAACCAGUGAUAAGUUAAUACACUCUUCAGGCUAGGAAAUUAACAUACAGGUUUUGUCUUUUUUUGCUGUUUUUUACUGCUAAAUGUAUUUCAGUACUUCUUAUUCCAUUGCUUGUUGUAUUGUGUGUCCCAGUGUAUUUGUAAUGAAGCAAUUUUAUGAAAUGGUCCUUUUACCUGCUUUUUCAAUACUUUCUGACUGACUGGUUAUAUCAAAGAGAUACAUCCAUCUAUCCAUUUUGUUCUUUAUUUCUCCUUGUACAAUUUUUUGUAUUAGGGAUUUCUUAGUUGUUGCAUAUCCCUUGGGGUCACCUAUUGUACAGCACCCCUGGUGCAAUUGCAGGUUAAGGUCCUUCUUGGUCAAGGGCUCAGCAGAGGAGAGUCUUUUUUGGCAGUAACAGGGAUUCAAACCAGCAACCUUCUGGAUACCAGCGCAGCUCCUUACCUAGUUAUGCUGUUGUGCACUUUUAACAUCUACUGUAAAUUCUGCAUCUCUGUUUUCCAUUAAAAAGUUCUGGGGAGCUGUAGACUGCCCCAACAGUUUUAGGUGAAAGGUAUAAAUCCACCCUGAACUGUAUUGUGAUUAGAGUACACCAAUAUCUAUAAUUAAUAACUUGAUCAAAUUGUAAUCCAUUAAAUGAAUUUUCUGGACCAACUUUAUCCAUUAUGAGGAUAAAGAAAAAGUUUGUGUGAACUUGUCUAGCAGCAUACAAAGACUGUAUCUGACCCUCUAAAGAAUUAUAGUCCAUCUCAGUUCAUGCCAGUCCAUUUUGGACUCCACAGUUAACCUAACAUGUAUAUCACCAGUUUUGAAAUUUCCGUUUUUUUUACUCUUAUUUUAAAGGAUGACAGGGUGGUUUAGUGAUUGAUGCUGCUGCCCAGCAGUUCCAAAGUCUUGAGUUUUAAUCUCUGUCCAGCUAUAUUCUGUGUUAUACAUUAUGUCUGUGCCUACAAGGGUUUCCUCCCACAU